AUGGCCGACUCGGACGAGGAAUACGUAGGAGAUGUCACAGAUGACGAGGAUGACCUUCAGGUCACCCGGAAAGAUCGCGUGACGACUAGAAAGAAGAAACAGCGUGGUGGUGCAGAAUGGGAGCUAGCUAGGACCUGGGAGACUCUGGUCGAAGGCGCCGACGGCACCAUUAGCUCGACGGUGGAAGGAUUACUCGAGGCGGGAAAACGAAAAAGACUCCUCAAAGACACCACUCCGUUACAGCGCGGAAUCAUUCGACACCUCAUCCUCGCCCUUGAUCUAUCCCAGUCCAUGUCCGAGAAGGACCUACGGCCGACACGAUAUCUCUUGACAUUGCGCUAUGCGCAGGAUUUUGUUCGAGAAUUUUUCGAACAGAAUCCCAUCUCUCAGCUGGGCGUUAUUGGCCUUCGAGACGGUCUAGCGAUUAGGGUCAGUGAUAUGAGUGGAAAUCCAACAGAGCAUAUCGAGGCCAUACAGUCGCUAAGGACGCAUGACCCGAAAGGCUUGCCCAGUCUUCAGAAUGGCCUAGAAAUGGCGAGAGGCGCACUGUUCCAUACACCCAGCCACGGCACUCGCGAAGUUCUAAUUAUCUUUGGCUCCCUUCUAUCUUCGGACCCGGGUGAUAUCCAUCAAACCAUCAAUACGCUGAUAAAUGACAAGGUCCGCGUACGAAUUGUUGGUCUCGCAGCGCAGGUAGCAAUAUGUCGCGAACUUUGUACCAAAACUAAUGGGGGUGACGAGACGGCCUACGGUGUGGCGCUUCAUGAGCAGCAUUUCAGAGAUUUGAUGCUGGAUGUGACCACGCCUCCUGCUUCCUACUCUCAAAAGGAAUCUGCAAGUUCGCUGCUCAUGAUGGGAUUUCCUUCGCGGACUGUGGAGUCUAGCCCCUCCCUCUGCGCAUGCCACUCUAAGCCCUCACGAGGAGGAUACUUGUGUUCUCGCUGUGGCAGCAAGGUUUGUAGCUUGCCUGCAGAAUGUCCUUCCUGUAGCCUUACCCUUAUCUUGUCUACUCAUCUGGCGCGAUCAUAUCACCAUUUGUUCCCCCUAAUGAAUUGGGUCGAGGUGCCAUGGCGUGAAGCAGUUCGGAGCAAAGCCUGCUUUGCUUGUGGGCUACCUUUCCCCACCGGUCCUCCAGAAGACCAGGCGCAGACAGUGGAGAACCCGACCAAAGGCAUGAGUGCAAGCAGUCGCUAUGAGUGUACAGCGUGCCAGAACCACUUCUGUAUUGAUUGCGACCUUUUUGCCCACGAGGUCGUACAUAAUUGCCCGGGUUGCCAAAGUAAGAGCAUCCCGUCGGUAAAUGAGGUGGGAAACCCAGAUGGGAUGGACAUCACGGUUUGA